AAAAUGUCUCUGGAACACAAUUUUGUCAAAGUCAACAACUGUCAAACAAAAAUAGGAAAAAAAAUAUACAAAUUACAAUGAUAAAAUGGAGACAUUGUUAAGAAUUAUACCGAGAACUCCAUUAAAAGUGACUACUUCUAGAUUGUUAUUAAAUCAUGUAGCAAAUUAUACAAGAUUGGCUGAGGUAGGAAAACUCGAGCCUCCGAAGGCGUCAGGGAAAUAUGAUACAGGCCAGUUAAUUUUACACAAGGUGUUUGGUUAUCGAGGAGUGAUUCUGUUCCCUUGGUUGGCACGAGUGUAUGACAGAGAUGCCACCAAUAAGAAGGAGACCAAGGACUCCGCGGCUACCACGGAAGCUUCAGGAGACUCCUUGUCUAACGUUGGAAAGGAAGUCAAGGGCAGAACACACACAUUUUAUCAAGUCCUCAUUGACACUAGAGAUGCACCUUACAUACGAGCUCAAACAGAAGCAGUUACCUUCCUCGGUAACCAGGAGUCAAGCCGGAGUUUAUAUGCCAUCCCUGGGCUGGACUACGUGGCACACGAUGACAUCAUCCCCUAUACUUCCGUAGAACGAGUUCCACUGCAGCAUGAGCUGUUUGACAAAUUCCUUAUGCAUAAUGCUGAUAAAGACCCUCCCUUUAUAGCUCAAGAGACUCUUCGAGCCUGGCAAAAGAAGAACCAUCCUUGGCUAGAACUAAGCGACGUACAUCGAGAGACCACAGAGGGCGUCCGUGUUACCGUCAUACCAUUCUACAUGGGCAGCCGCGAGUCACAAAACUCUGCAGUGUAUUGGUGGCGUUAUUGUAUUCGUCUGGAAAACUUGGGUUCGCAAGCGGUGCAGCUCCGCGAGCGACACUGGCGUAUAUUCUCUCUGAGCGGCACGCUGGAGACAGUGCGUGGCCGCGGCGUGGUGGGGCAGGAGCCAGUGCUCGCGCGGCACUCGCCUGCCUUCCAGUACAGCAGCCACGUCAGUCUGCAGGCGCCCAGCGGACAUAUGUGGGGUACAUUUAGAAUGGAGCGGGAAGACGGUUACACAUUUGAUUGUAGGAUUCCACCAUUUUCAUUGGAGAGCAAACCGGACGAGAACGUCCCGCCUGCGCCUACGCCGGCCGCGUGACCACCUCGCAGUCAACGACCGGCGCCUGGCCACGCCCAGUUACGACAAUGCACUCGUACCUAUGACAUAAGUGUUGUGGGAACUAGUCUGAAUUUACAUUUGUUACAAACCGACUAUAUUCCAUGAUCCAAUGACCACGUGUCCAAUGGUUCGACAGGAUGUGAUGAAUAUAUUAAUUUUAAUUUGUGAUAUUCAUUCAACAGUCGUCAUUACUAUUACUAGUGACUAGUAAUGAUAGUAUACCCGUUAGCUUUAUUUAUUAUGUUGUUGUAUUAGAUUGAAAUUAUUCGAUUCAACACAUCCCUUGUUUUUGUAAAGAAUAAAUUCCUUAGUUAUGUGUUAAUUCCUAGAUCUGUAAUAAAUUACAGUAUUCUGUUUGAAAAAAAAAAUGUAUCACUGGUUUAUUUCAUUUAAUAGUAAUGUCUAAAUUCAAUUAAUGUUUUGGUGUAGACUGUGUAGUGGACUGUCGUGUUGUAUAAAGAAAUAAAACAUAUUUGGCUAUCUC